AUGGUGCCCAAGGCGGCCAACAUCCAGGGCGCGGCUCACUCGUCGAGCUUCGCGGCAACCUCGUCUAUCCCAGCCACAGCGCGGGGACGUGGUAGUGAUCUGGGCGGCGUUAGAGGUCUAAAGGCGGUUGCCGCGGCUGAGAGCACUGACGUCAUCUCCCCGCAGGGCGAGGAGGACAAGAUGGGGGAGUACAUCAAGAACCGGGGCGGAUCUCUUCCUAUCCGAAAGAUUCUGAUCGCCAACAACGGCAUGGCGGGCACGAAAGCGAUCCUGUCGAUGCGGCAGUGGUGCUACCUAGAGCUGGGGGACGAGAAGGCCGUGGAGUUCGUCGCCAUGGCGACCCCGGAGGACCUUCUUGCGAACGCGGAGUUCAUCCGCCUGGCGGACGCCAUCGUAGAGGUCCCCGGGGGAAAGAACAGCAACAACUACGCCAACGUCGACCUCAUCGUCGACACCGCCAUCAAACAGGGCGUGGACGCCGUGUGGCCCGGGUGGGGACACGCCUCGGAGAACCCCCAGCUGCCCACCCGCCUGACGGACAACGGCAUCAAGUUCAUCGGCCCCACCGCCCCGGUGAUGUCAGUGCUCGGGGACAAGAUCGCCGCGAACAUCCUCGCGCAGACCGCCAAGGUGCCGUCCAUUCCGUGGAGCGGCGACGGGCUGGAGGCCAAGCUGACUGAUGGCCCCCCCACGAUCGUGCCGCCGGCCAUGUUCAAGGAGAUGGAGCGCGCUGCGCAGAGGCUCACCCAGAAUAUCGGCUACCGCGGCGCGGGGACGGUGGAGUACCUCUACAACCCUGAGUCCAACAGCUUCUUCUUCCUCGAGCUCAACCCUCGACUUCAGGUGGAGCACCCCGUGACGGAAGGGCUCUCGCUGGCGAACCUGCCUUCGAUUCAGCUCCAGGUGGCGAUGGGCAUCCCCCUGAACGAGAUCCCCGACAUCCGCGGGUUCUACGGCAAGGCCGACCGCUACGGCCACGACGCCAUCGACUUCAUGACCGAGGACUACGCUCCCAUCCGCAACCACAUCAUCGCGGCCCGCGUUACCGCAGAAAACCCGGACGAGGGCUUCAAGCCCACCUCGGGCACGAUCGAGCGAGUGAAGUUCCAGUCGACGUCCAGCGUGUGGGGUUACUUCUCCGUCGGGGCCAACGGCGGCAUCCACGAGUUCGCCGACAGCCAGUUCGGGCACCUGUUCGCCUCCGGAGCGACUCGCGAGGCCGCCCGCAAGAACCUCGUGCUGGCCCUCAAGGAGAUCGAGGUGCAAGGCGAGAUCCGCACGACGGUGGAGUACUUGGUGCAGCUUCUGGAGACGCCCGAGUUCAAGGAGAACAGCAUCGACACCUCUUGGCUGGACGGCCUCAUCGCUGCCAAGUCGGUGGGCGUGGAGUUCGAGGCUCACUCCGUGGUGACGUGCGCAGCUCUCUACAAGGCCUUCACUUUCUGCAAGCAGGAGAUGAAGCGCUACCUCGGUCAGCUUGAGAAGGGACAGACCGGUCUGAUCGGGCUGAAGGGCAUGAACAGGUUCCCCGUGGAGAUCUCGUACGAGGGGGUCAAGUACUCCUUCACCGUACUCAGGCAGGCGCCCGACGCCUUCACGCUCUCCAUCAACGGACAGGACUUCCCCGUCAAGGUCCGCGAACAGAAGGACGGCCGCCUGAUCGCUAACUUCCAGGGAACGAGCCGCCUCAUCUUCGGGCAGGAGGAGGCCAUGGGCCUGCGGCUGCAGCUCGACGGCAAGACCGUGGUUCUCCCCAACAUCUUUGACCCCAGCGAGCUUCGGUCGGACAUCACCGGGAAGGUGGUCCGGUUCCUCCAGGAGGACGGCGCGGACGUUGCCGCCGGGGACCCGUUCGUGGAGGUGGAGGCGAUGAAGAUGAUCAUGCCGCUCAAGGCCACUGAGUCGGGAAAGAUCAACCACGAGAUGUCCCCCGGAUCCAUCAUCGCAGCCGGGGACCUCCUCGCCUCCCUGCAGCUUGCGGACCCCUCCCGCGUGAAGAAGAUCCUGCCCUUCACGGGGCAGCUGGACCUCAAGACCGCCGAUGCCGACGCUGGUGACGACGUCGACAGCAUGAUCCAGAAGCUCGACAUGGCCAUGCAGGGCUUCGAGCUGGACUUCGAGCCCGUGGUGGCCCGGCUGUUCAACGUGUGCGAGGACGCGGCGAAGCUGGACCACGCCGUGCUCACUCUCGUGCAGAGGUACCUGUCUGUGGAGCUGCUGUUCGCCGGCAAGGCUAACGAGGACGCGGUCAUCGCCGACCUCAUCAAGGCCCACAAGGACGACCCCGAGGAGCUCGGGUCCGUGAGCCCCGCACAGCUGGCCGGUUCUCCAUCCCUCUCCGUCGGUGUGGACCUGCUGACGUCACUCUUCAACGACGAAGACGCCGCAAUCCGGUAG